ACGCCCUAUGGAAUCUUUUGCGUUGCCUUUCAAUUAUGCAACGAGGGGUUUUUGCUAAUUCUUAGCCCAAAUCUAUUCAUAUCUGGUAAGAAUUUUUUUAGCGUAUUUAGAUUUAAAUUCCCCUUUAGAUAUGUAGUUCAGUGCUCCAUUCAUCACAUGUUACCUCCACCUUCUAUUUAAUAUCUAAAGUGCGGUUGGUUUCAUGUUUCUACGAGCAUUUAGAUCAACAUUUCCAUGUUACCAAAUCGUUUGUUGCUAGAAUUCUGUCUCGAUAUUUUCAUCAACUACUUGCUCUGUUCCUUGGGCAUAAAGGUCAACAGCCUGCAGAAAGCUACGACCAGAUUCACCCAUUUGCGGCCUAAAAACUUAGUAGUAUCUUUCCUUUGGGCACACAAUUAUUAAAGAAACUCUGCUUAUCGCAGUCUGCAGCCCUUUAUCAGGUUUCACGAAAAUUCUUUCUAGAAAAUAGUAUUGACUUGAUAAACAUAUUGUUAUAACGGUGAAUAAGAGUAAUGCAACCUCUUAUGGUCUAUUGAUCUGUGAGAGUAGAAACAAAUCAUUUCACAAUUUUUAGGCAAAUUUUCAAAAUGAAUAGUGGAAUUCAAACCAUUAAGUUUAAACCAGAACUAGCCCAUUGCAAAACGAUUAGUUUGAAACUAUCAAUUGUCCAAUUGGGUUAAAUGACUGCCCUUCUUCAAAGCACCUAGUUCAUGUUAAGCUAUCGCUAUCAAAAUUUUUAAAGCUUAUGACGUCAGUUGUUCCUAGUUCCCCAAAUGGUUGUAUGGAAGCUUUUAAGCACGUUGGUACUUGAGAAACUUUUACAGAAAAAUUUAAAGGAAUUUGUUUCAAAAUUAAGACUUCAUCCUUUUGUGUUCAUUUUAAAACAGACAUUGUAAUUUUUCUUUCAUCUAUUUCGUUUUCUAUUGGCCAUUGCUUCUAAGCCGUGGGAACAUAGCCCUUCUACACUCUACCGGUAAUAAAAAGUGGAGUCCCUUCACAAUAUACCGGUUGAGAUUUUCCUUCCAAUAUAUGAUGGGAUUGGAAGUCUGCCAAUAACCUAUAAUUGCAUUCACCCCUCUUUCGCCUUCAAUAACACCCCCGUUUAUUACUGCUGUGUCGGCUGUUUACAGGCCUAGGUCAAGCAACCUCAAUCCAAUCAUUUGUGGUGCCCAUUGCGUUACCAUGGUUAUAGAAAGAAUUGCGUCUGACAUAGCCAAUUACUGUUUGUGUCCUUCACAGGGUAAUAACACACAUGGUGUUAGCCUUUGAAAGAAAAUUACAAAUGUAUUAAUAACAUUAUUUGCUAAUCCAAGUUAUAGAAUAAUCAUAACAAGUUUGGAUAUUUAUAGACAACUGACUGUUUACGUGACACGGAUGGCCUACAGAAAGAUUUUAGCUGCCGAAACCAAAACUGAUAUACCACACUUGGUGUCCGUCAUUUGGAGCCAAAACAUGGUGGAAUUAGGCCUAGAUUACGCAGGAUUUGGUCACUGUUACAACUGCGCGACAGAAAUUCAUUUUGUGACGUCAUCAUUUCAUAUUGAACAUUCCCCAAUAUAUACAGGGAUAGUAAUAUCGUAAAGGUGUUGUGUUCUUGUCCUGGUAUACAUGCUAAAUUUCUUGCUGCAUCUUGCAUCUUACAUAUUUACAAUUUUUGCAGUCUUGUUAAUCGGCUACGCAUACCGUGAUCUUCUUUGGACUUUGCUAAGAAAAGAGAAACAAAGGGAACCAAUAGACGCCUAAUCUGGAAACCUAAAAGUUGACAAAGCAAAUGUAUAGGUGCACAACGGAAGAUUUAAAGUUCAUCGUGCGCUUGAUAAAACACGAUCUCAGAAUGAACACUGGGGUAAAACAUGUGCUCCAUGCGUUGGAUAAGAAUGCCUAUGCCGCUUACCAGGCUUGCAGCAAUUUACAAGAUGUUGUUGAGAAACUUAGCAAAAGAAAAAUAGCUGAUAUGCCUGGUUUGCAAAAAUCUUUAAGUAUCAAGGCUUCACUGAUGACACCUGUCAAACCAAUGCUGGCUGAGGCAUGCAAAUCGACGACGUUUGCGAUGAAGAAGUGUCCAAAUGGAAUGUUGGCGGAAAUCAAGUACGAUGGAGAACGUGUGCAGGUCCAUAAAAAAGGGAACAGUUUCGACUAUUUCAGCCGCAGUUUUAAACCAGUUCAACCUCACAAGGUGUCAGAAAUCAAGCACUUUUUGCCAAAAGCCUGUCCAGAAGGAGAUAAUCUUAUUUUAGAUGGUGAGGUUCUUCUGGUUGAUAGCAAGACCGAAAAGCCGCUUCCAUUUGGAACACUUGGAAUUCACAAAAAAUCAAAAUUCAAAGAUGCUACCGUGUGUUACGUCAUUUUCGAUAUCCUGCAGUUCAAUGAAGAUAAUACAAUGAAAAGGUCGGUUUUGGAGAGAAGAGAUCUUUUGAUGAAAAACGUUAAAGAAAUUAAAGGGCGGAUCAUGCUUUCAGAGAUGACUCGAAUAACGCGAGAAUCAGAACUGAAAGCCAUGCUUGAGGAUGUUUUUGCUAAAAAUCUUGAAGGUCUUGUUCUCAAAGAUCUAAAGAGCACCUAUGAGCCAGGGAAAAGACAUUGGCUAAAGAUGAAAAAAGAUUAUUUGCACGAAGGAGCCAUUGCUGAUACUGCAGAUCUCGUUGUUCUUGGUGCUUACUUUGGAACAGGAAAUAAAGGUGGCAUGAUGUCAGUAUUCUUAAUGGGGUGCUACAACCCUGCUGGUAAGAAAUGGGUCACUGUUGCAAAAUGCGGAAAUGGGCAUGAUGAUAGUACCAUUCUGCGCUUACAGAAGGAGCUAAAAGUGAAGAAAAUUAGUAAGGAAUAUUCUAAAAUACCAUCUUGGCUCGAAAUUUCCAAACAGCUUGUUCCAGAUUUUGUCGUUGAAGAUCCAAAGACUGCCCCAGUGUGGGAAAUCACAGGAGCAGAAUUUAGCCAGUCAAGUACACAUACAGCCAAUGGAAUAUCUAUUCGAUUUCCACGUGUGACAAGGAUUAGAGACGACAAGGAUUGGGAAACAGCCACGGAUCUGCCAACACUUCAGAAAUUGUACGAAAACUCAAAAGCUGUUUCAGAAGAUCAGUCAAGGCCAGGAACUAGCAAGGCUGUGGAGAUAAAAGCAGAUGAUGCUGUAUAUAUUGAUCGGAAAGAUCGCCAAAAGGAUCCUGGAUAUACCAAGGGAGAUACUAAGGUAAAGCGGAUAUAUAAAAGGGCCUUCAAUGAUGACAGCGAUGAAGACAAAAGCCCUCCCCCAAAGAAGAAGGUCAAACCUCUGUGCAAAUACAAAGAAAAGUGUUAUCAAAAAAGCAAGAAGCACCUCGAGGAAUAUUCACACCCUGAGAAACCCUUGAGCUCAUUGGCUGAGAGCUCAUUGGCUGAGAGCUCAAUGGCUGAGAGCUCAAUGGCUUCAUCAAAUCCAUCCAGACUAUCGUCACAGAAAAAUUUGCCAGCCAUAUUCUCCAGUACCCAGGUUUUCAUAUCAGAUGAUAUAUCAUCGUUCAACAAAUUGAAAAGAUAUAUUAUUGCAUAUGACGGUGACAUAGUCGAUGAGUUUCAUUUGGAAAAAGCAACUCAUUAUAUAACAAACAGCCAGGUCAGCAUUUCAUCACAUACUAGUGCAAUACUUGUAAACGAGGAUUGGGUUUGGGAUUCAGUAAGGAUUGCCGUUUUGCAGGACGAAUCAAAUUAUUUCCCUGGGUCCAUAUAGCAAGAUAUAUUAUUUCACAAAUGUGCCUGUAAUGGAAUUAAGUACCAUUGCAUAUCUAAAAUACCUAUUCUGUUAAGUCCAAAAUGAUAUUCUUUUGCUAUGAAUUAUUAAAUAGUCAUUGAAAUUGUAUUUUAAUGGUAUAAUGUUGCAUUAGUGUAUUUUGUAGUAAUUUAUUAUGCAAAGGAAACAAAAGCAAUUUCAAUAAUCAAUAAUUAUUAUUGCUUGUGUCAAAAAUGUUGUCUUGACUUUUUUGAUUAAUGAUAAGUAUAGUGUGACCUGUGUUUAAAAAAGAAUCAUUAACUUUGGCCUAGGUGACAAGUGAUCAGGAAGUGGGGAAGGGUCCUUAUCACCCUUGAAUCUACGUCUUACCCUCAUCAAAAUGGUUUUUAUUCUCAAAAUCAUAGCUGUUUAAGUAUUAAUGAUAUUCUUUUUUCACAAUUUUUCGUAUCAGUAGUAUUCGUACCAAUCACUCUCAAAACCUGGCAGAUUAAGAGUGCCUUUGUACCCUUAAAGCUUAAGAAAUAAAUGAUUCUGCUUGAGCUUUAUGGAAAAAUGGAAAAGUGAUUAAUAUUCGAAUGCAAGGUAUUUACCACUUCUGCUACUUUGUGGAUUAAAAUGAGAUAUUCGUA